AUAGCUUUCUUUGUCCUUUUCUUUUUCUUUUUCUUCUUCUUCUUCUUCACCUUCAAUCUUCCCCUUUCUCUUCUUUUGGUGCCGCUUCACACUCUCUUUGUCAAACCAUCAAAUACACGUAGCCAAUACAUAACACACACGUUCAGCUCCUCAUAGUUCCUGUUGCCAAUGGUUUGCCACACAGAGUAAACAAAAGAAGGGACAUUGAAAAGCACAGGAUUCUCAAUUAUCCUUUGUUUUCUUUUGUUUCCACAAUAAUAUCAGUUUUCAGGCUUGGAUUGAUCUGUGGGAUUGUUUUGAUUCAUGCUGAGGUUUUAAUUAGGGGGAGUUGUCAAAGGAGAGAGACAGAGAGGGGAAGAUGGGAUCAGAAAUUGGAACCAAAAUAAGGAAAGUUGUUGUAAUUUCAAUCAGAGGUGGUUUCAGAUCAGCUUGCAAUCAUCCAUUCCUUUUGGGGUUUUUGUGUUUCUUGCUUUUGUUGUACAGAUCUUUUCCUUUUCUAUUUUCUGUUUUGGUCUCUGCAUCUCCUGUUUUGGUCUGCACUGCUAUUCUGCUCGGGACCCUUCUUAGUUUUGGGCAGCCAAAUGUGCCUGAAGUUGAAAAGGAAGAGAAAGUUACUCAUAGCUUAUCAUCCUUCCAAGCUGGGUUUUCGGAGGGGGAGACUGUUUUUUCUGACAGAGAUGAGAACUACUUUGUGAAGGGGUAUUCACAAAAUAAGAGUGAUGUGGAAGAGAGGGGCAUUGAGGAAGCAAGUUUGGUUGCUGAGAGGGAUAAUAGGACAGAAGAAGAUCAAGACUUGCGUUCUGAAUUGCCCCCAGAUGAUGUAGACUUGCUGGAUAUUCAGCCUGAGAAGAAAAAUAGAGGGGAAGUGGAAGGGGAAAGGGAACUCCACAGUUUUGAGUUGGGAAAGAAUAAGGAAAUUCAUGAAGAGAACCUGACUUCUGAAGCUGUUUCAAGUGAUGAAGAAGCUAUUGAGAAGCAAUAUGUCUUGGUUCAGAAAAUGGAUGAUGAUACUUUUGAAUUUGAAAAUGAGAAACCUCCAAGAGAUCACGUGGACUUUUCUGCUAGCUCAUCUUGGAAACAGGUGGAAAAUGAUGAUGAUGGUGAUGAUAAUGUCUCGGUGGAGUCAGGUUCUGAUGGGGCUGAAAGCUCUUCACCAGAUGCUUCCAUGGCUGACAUAAUUCCAAUACUUGAUGAACUCCACCCAUUACUAGACCUAGAUGCUCCACAACCAGCUCAUGUGUCCCGUGAUGGUUCUGAUGCUGAAUCUGAGAAGUCUCAGAAUAGUGACGAUGACAGUGUUGAAUCAGAUGAAGAUACUGAAAACCCUGGUGAUGUGGAAGAUGAUGGUAUUGAUGAACCCGAUGAUGAAGAGGAAGAAGAAGCUAUAGGUGGCAAAGAAGAUGAAAGUAAAUCUGCCAUUAAAUGGACAGAGGAUGACCAAAAGAACCUCAUGGAUCUGGGAAAUUUAGAGCUGGAAAGGAACACGCGGUUGGAAAAUCUUAUUGCCAGGAGAAGACAAAAGAGAUUGAUAUCUGAGAAGAAUCUAAUAGACUUAGACUUUGUUGAUAUUCCCAGUAAUGUUGCACCUAUUGCUACAGCCAGGCGUAAUCCAUUUGAUUUCCCUGAUGACUCCUUUGCUGCCAUGGGAUUACCACCCAUUCCUGGAUCUGCUCCUUCUAUUCUACAACCUAGACGAAACCCUUUUGAUAUUCCCUAUGACUCAAAUGAAGAAAAACCUGAUCUUAAGGGGGACAGUUUUCAACAAGAGUUUACAGUGUUUCAUCAAAAAGAUGCCCUUUUUCGGCGGCAUGAAAGUUUCAGCGUAGGACCUUCAGUACUGGGGUUAUCCAGGCAAGAGAGGUAUGAUUGGAAACCUGUCUUUGUAUCCGAAAGGAUGGCUUCAGAGGGAACAAGUUAUUCUUCAUUUCACAGGCAAUCAAGUGAAGUAAGUGAUUCAAAGUUGAGCUCUGUUCCAGAUACUGAAUCUUUGAGUUCAAUUGAUCAAGAUGACAGGAAAUUCAGUGAGCAGGACUUGUCUCAAGAAAAUGAAUUGGUAUCUAACAUGGAUAAUGCUUCUGAUGUUGUUGAACAUGGAAGCCAAAGCUCUGAAGAAAAUGAUUCUGUGGAGAUGAUACAAAUUGAGGAGAGCAAUGUUCGCCAUGAUGAAGUUGAGAUAGUGCUGGGUGGGGUGGAAAAUCCUUCUGAGAUGGCGUUUUAUCCUGAAACAGGAGAGGUUGAAAUUCAUGAACAAUUUAAUGCAGGGGAAACACAUUUGAGAAGAGAACCAGGUGACGAGGAGAGCGACAGCCACAGCAGCAGAUCAAGCCAUUCUUCACUAUCAGAAGUAAUUGACAGCAUGCCAGAUGAGAAAAUAGAGAGUUUGCAAGGAGAUGAUCAUGUUUCAACUCAAGCUUCAGUGCAGGAAUCUAACUUGCAGCAUGUUAGUAGUAGUGAGGUGGAAGAUAAUCACCAUGUAGAACCUGUUUAUGAUUCUAGUCCCCAGGCUUCUGAAACACUCCAAUCAUUUCCUUCACUAUCUUCUCAUGAUUCUGCUUUGGAGUUUUCCGAGAGGGCAAUGCCUCCUGCUUCAGUGGAAACUGCUAAUGUGGCAGAUAAGGAGUUGGAUGUUCAUGAUCACAGACAGGAAAAUAAUACUUCUGAUCAUGAUAAAACUCAAGCAGCCUCUUCCGAACAUCACGUGGAAGCCCAAAAUGCAUUGACGUCUGAGAAAUCUGAAGAUGUGUAUGUUGCAGCGAAUGAGUUAUCUGCAGCGAAUACAUCUACAGUGGCUGAGCCUCAGGUUAUCCCUGUUUCUGUGGAUGCAAAUUUGUCUUCAGAUAUGGGAUCAAUAACCGGUGUGAUUAAUUCAGGCUUAGUACAUGGUCAGGAUGUAGCCGACCACAUACAUGCUGAUUCUGAAAUUCUUCACCAAGACAAUAUAAAUUCUGUAGAUUCAGAUUCUGAAAAGUCACAUAUAUCAGAUAAUGAAUCUCUGGAGGAAAGUGCACUGCCCAACGAAAUAUCGAGAUCUUUUAGUGCAAAUGUGUCUGUGUUAGUCCAAGAUGCAGAUGAAAUGUUGGAUUCUGGGGCUUCAGAUGCCCACCAUAUAUCUUCUGAUGGUUCCUUUAUGCCUGCCCAACUGGAUUUGCAACUUUCACCAGCAGCAGGGCCAGCACCAGUGGAUCAUCCUAGUCCACCUUCUGAAGAAAGCGGACAUACAGAAAUUUUUUUAUCAAAUAAUGCUGGCAUAUAUCAGAUUCAGCAGGAUAAAGCCUUGACAAGUUCUGUGGAACAAGGUGAAGCCAAUAUCUAUGAAGAUUUGGAUAAGAAUGUGGUUGUUUUCACUUCUGACAGUCAACAUGAAAGUGAUGAAAAGCCUUCUUCUAACAUGGAGAAUCAUAAAUCAAUCUCCGAUAAAUCAGUUGUUGAACCAUCUUUUAGUGAUCAUGAUGAAAGUCAGAGUUCUUCUGCUAUCCACAUUGAAUCAGCACAGAGCUUUGGCAGAUCCAAUGAUGAAACUGGAGAGUUGCAAGAUGCGACUCAAAAAGUUCAACCAAGCAUUUCUUCUGUGACCUCAGAAAAAUCCCAAAAUUCUGAAUUCGGGUCACCCUCUGGUGAAGUGGAUUUGGAAGUUGAUAGGCAUGGGGCAGUUGAAAGGGAUACCGAAGUGCUAGAAACUGCACUUGCUUCAGAAGAGAGCAUGUCUCAGGUUACUGAAGAAAAUAGCAAUGAAUUUGAUGAUAUGAAGGAAAUUGACGAAGGAUUCUUGUCAGAAUUGGACACUGUUGGAGACUUUCGUGUCAAUGAUGCUGGUGUAUCACUUCGUACUGACACUGAACAUGAGAAAACUGGAGAUUCUCAAGUUUUUUCACUCCCUAAGGAUGUAAAGAUAGAAGAGAUUGAACAGGGCAUCCCAGUUCUUGAAGCAAGAUCACUUGAAGAUGUUAACCUGGCUUUUAAGCAACUUCAAGAAGGAGUGGAUGUUAAAGAAGUUAUCCUUCCAAGUACCAUUAAGGAUCAGCAUGCUAUUGAAGAAUCUAAAGAUCAUCUGGAAGCUAAUUCAGACCUUGAGGUUGUUGAAGCCAGAUCUCUGGAAGAUAUUAACAUUGCUUUAAAGCAAGCAUCUGAAGGAAAUAAAGGGGAGCUUCCAAAUUCCUUGGAUUUGAAAGCCACUUCAGUCAAAGUUGAAGAAAAUGGAGUUGGCUCGUCAAAGGUGAAUGAAUCCAGUUCUGAAGAAACAAACAGAACUACGGCAGAUAAAUCGGAAAAUAUACCCAUCAGUGGCUCCAGUGACAAGGCAAAAUCUCACAGUAGGAAAUCUACUUCCAGUUCCAGUUCCAGCUCAAGCUCGAGCGAUUCUGAUUGAUAUGGUGAGAGGCCACUUUGAGCACUGAAGAAAGAAUCGUAAGUUUCUCAUUUAUAUUGUUUUAUUUAUUUGUCCUUCAGUGGUGGGAAUUUAGCCAAUCAAGUCUUGGCUAAUGGUAGUCAGUCAGGUCAGGUUUCGUAAAUUUUGUUGGAUUGGUUUCUUCAAGAAUGAGUUUUUGGUUUUAUUUCUUGAAGCGUGCAGUUUUUUGUUCAAUUUUAUCCCGAGUGUGAGCAAUUUGGCAUAUACAGGGUGAGUGUUUAUUUCCAACAAGUGCACAUUGUGUUGUCCAAAAAGAAGAAAAGAAAGAAAUUGGAGUAUUGUACAUUAUACUUUGAUUGUAGAAAGAAAUGGUGAAUGGACUUUGUUUAUUUGUAUA